UCGCGGGCUUUUGAAGCCCAGAGCUUCUCAGUUGCAACUCCUUGGAACAGGCAGCUCUCUGCCUCCUGUCACUUUGUGCAGCUCACUCACCUGCCAGGAUCGGCCCCUUGCUGCUCUCCUCCUGAGCGAAGUUGACUUCCAUUUCACUUUGGGGUGAAAGAUUUCAUGAAGCAAAAAUGAUUGAAACUCAGCCACGCUACAUCAUCAACCGUCCAGCUUAUUCUAGCAACUACUUUGAUGAAGAAUUUGACAGGAAAAGUAGAAGUUAUCCCCUUGGAGAGAAAAUAAAGAAUCUUUUCAGAUGUUCACCAUCUAGACUCAAACUCAUCCUUUACAGUCUAUUUCCCAUACUUGUAUGGCUUCCAAAAUACAAAAUCAGAGAUUACAUUGUGCCUGAUGUCCUUGGUGGAGUAAGUGCUGGAACUAUUCAAGUACCUCAAGGCAUGGCUUUUGCUCUGCUGGCCAACCUACCUCCAGUCAAUGGGCUCUAUUCUUCUUUCUUUCCUUUGAUUACCUAUUUUUUGCUAGGAGGUAUUCCUCAGAUGGUCCCAGGUACAUUUGCAGUCAUCAGUAUUAUCGUAGGAAAUGUCUGCCAUGAACUGGCUCCGGAUUCUGAAUUUCAAUAUUUUAACCACACAGCUAAGGAAAUUAUGGUUAACAACACAGCCAUGGAAGCAGCCAGACUGGAGAUCUCUGCCACCUUGGCUUGUCUGACAGCUUUAAUACAAAUAUGCCUGGGAUUUGUGCAGUUCGGCUUUGUAGCCAUCUACCUUUCAGAAUCCUUCAUUAGGGGUUUCAUGACAGCAGCUGGUCUACAGAUCCUCGUCUCGGUUCUCAAGUAUAUUUUUGGUCUGAAGAUUGAAGCCUACACAGGACCCUUUGCCAUUGUCUAUACCUUUAUUGAUAUUUGCAAAAAUCUGUCGAAAACCAAUGUGGCUUCUCUGGUGUUUGCUUUGAUCAGCUCUGUGCUUCUCAUCAUUGUGAAAGAGCUAAAUAUGAAAUAUAUGAAGAAGAUUCGAGUCCCAAUUCCCAUGGAGAUCAUUAUAGUCAUUGUGGCUACGGUCAUUUCUGGAAGUUUUAAUAUGCCUGAGAAAUAUGACAUGCCAAUUGUUGGACUUAUUAAUAUGGGGUUUCCAUCUGCCACACUUCCACUAGUGGGCAAAUGGAAAUAUAUGAUUGGCCCAGCAUUUUCACUUGCCAUUGUGGGCUAUGUGAUCAACCUAGCCAUGGGCAGAACCCUUGGGAAUAAGCAUGGCUAUGAUGUGGACCCAAAUCAGGAAAUGUUGGCCCUGGGCUGCAGUAACUUUUUUGGAUCCUUUUUUAAAAUCCAUGUGAUCUGCUGUGCGCUUUCAGUCACCUUAGCUGUGGAUGGAGCUGGUGGAAAAUCUCAGGUGGCAAGUUUUUGUGUAGCAUUGGUGGUAAUGAUAACCAUGCUGUCUUUGGGGAGCUAUCUUAGCCCUCUUCCAAAGGCAGUUCUAGGAGCUUUGAUAGCUGUAAAUUUGAAGAAUUCUCUCAAGCAACUGACUGAUCCAUAUUACCUCUGGAAAAAAAGCAAGUUGGAUUGUAUGGUUUGGGUGGUGAGCUUCCUAUCAGCUUUCUUCCUAGGCUUGCCUUUUGGACUCGCUGUGGGAGUGGGUUUUUCCAUCCUGGUGGUAGUUUUCCACACCCAGUUUCGCAAUGGUUCUGUCCUUGGCCCUGUAGCUUCUACUGAUAUAUACAAGAACCCCAAAGUCUACAGCAAGGUUCAAGAAAUAGAAGGGAUUAAAAUUGUCACCUACUGCUCCCCACUAUACUUUGCCAAUUCAGAAAUAUUCAGGGAGAAAGUUAUCGCAAAGACUGGCGUGGAUCCCAUCAAAGUCUACUUGGCCAGAAAAAAAUUUGUGAAAAAUCAAGAAAAGGUGACAGCAGCAGUACAGAAAACGAGCAAAUUAAAAUCUAUCUUCAGAAAAGACAAGACCGUGUCUCUGCAAGAACUCCAGAAGGAUUUUGAAAGUACUUCUCCAACAGAUACCAAUAACAACCAGACAGCUGCCAAUGGCAACAGCAUCUCCUAUAUUGUCUUCAACCCAUCUGUGAAGUCUUUAAGUCCAUAUAAUACCUCAUGUGAACAAAGAAGCACAGCUGAUCAUAGGAACAGCAACUGCAGCAUUAUUCCAGCCUCCAGUAUUGAUCCUAUGAGCAUAGCACCCCCUUUUGUUAAUUUCCACACCAUUAUUCUUGACAUGAGUGGAGUUUGCUUUGUGGAUCUGAUGGGUACAAAAGCUUUGGGAAAGCUAUGUACCAACUAUCAAAGGAUUGGGAUUAAAGUCUUUCUUGCAAAUAUAUCUGCUCAAGUGUAUGAUGACAUUUGCACUGGUGGAGUUUUUGAAGAAGGAGGUCUUGAGCCUUGUCACCUCUUUGUGACCAUCCAUGAUGCUGUUUUGUUUGCAACAAUGAACAGCAGCAGAGCUACUUGUCAUUCUGUCCUAGAACAGAGGUCAAAUCAGAUUGAAGUGUCUGUCUCGGAUGAAUCUCUGGAAGAUAGCAGUGCUGAAUUUCAAAAUUUGGAAGAGGAAAUGUUUGGAAGCAUUUUUCAUUCAGAAACACAAACAGCGCUGUGAGCAACUCAGGAACAUUCCUGUGAUGACAAAUUAUUUGUUCAUAAUGUUUCUUUAUGAAGGUCCCUGUGCCUGAAUGGCAAGGAAAUUGGCCUUUCUGGCAAGGGGCCAUGGGUGCUUCUAUAGCACUGAGGACAGAAUGUCUUUCGGACCUGGUAUUCUCUUCUGUAAUUCCUCUUGGAUUAUGAACCUCAGAGCACCUGACCCUUGAAACAGUUGGAUGGAAGGAAGAAACUCAGGGAAUAUAUUUCAUCCAUCUUGAAUAUCUUCUGGAUCAUAUUUUCCUCCUCUUACAUCCUUUAUUUAUGGAGCCAUAAGUAUGCAUGUAGCACACAUGCUUGUCUAUUAAUUUUCCAGCAUUGUUCUCAUGAGGGAAAUCAAAGGAAAAUAUGGAAAAUAUUUGAUUGCCAGAUAAAGUGCUCACAACUGCAGCAGUUUCAAUUUACGGGAGGGGGGGGGGGGUUGCUUCUAACAUUUGCAUUCAUUGUAUAGAAUCCACACCAAAGUUAAACACAACUAUGAUGAUGUCUAGUUUUCCUCUAAUUUUGUUCAUUGCAACUUAUUGCUAUAUUCCUUCUUUUUGUGGCCUAAAUGCACCAACUCAUUUUUCAAAUCAAGGGCUGUAUUUAUUAUAGUACUGGACAUCAUCCAACAUGUAUUACUGUAUUGCCUAGAAGUAAUACUGCCUUUUUCAUUAUAAACCACAUCUAUCUCUGAUCUUUUUUCUCUCUUCUGAUGAAUGUGUUUAUGUUUAGAGGAUGAAAGUAUUUUUCAUAGGAUCUAUGUACAUAGAGCAUUUCUACAGUUCUUUGAAUUUUUUUCAAAAUUAAGCUUAUUUGACAUGGGUUUAAUUAAGCAAAACCAAAGAUACUAUAAUUUAUUCUUACACAGGUAGUCCUCGACUUACGACCACAGUUGAGCCUAAAAUUUUUGUUGAGUGAGAGAUUUAUUAAGUGAGUUUUGCCCCAUUUUACGACCUUUCUUGCCACAGUUGUUAAGUGAAACACUAC